CUCAUGUCUUCAACCGACAUAAUUUUUAUAGGGUCAACUUUUUAUUGACUCCCUCCUUGAAUACAUUUUAGAGAAAAAAUAGAUAAAAAUGAGUUUGUUUGAUGUGAUUGUGGGCACAUACGAGGAGUUCCUGUUAGGAUUCACUCUUGAAUCAACAGAUCCGGACAAACCAUCUGGGAAGUUAUCAAAGAUCUUUGCAUCUCAUUCCCAUGCUGCCUCUAUUCGCUGCGUUUCCGGAUGUGGUGAGAUUGUGGCCAGUGGAGGUGCAGAUGACAAAAUCUUCGUUUACAGCCUGAAGACACGUCAAGAAAUUGCUAUUCUGACCAUUCAAUCUGCCACUGUGAAUACAUUGGAGUUCUCACCUGAUGGUAGUCAUCUCUUUGCCGGAUGUGCUGAUGGAUCAAUGCUGGCGUACUCGUGUGACAACUGGGAACUUGCCCGAGAGUGGAAGGACGCCCAUAAAGGUUCUGCAGUCACUCAGAUUCGUAUCCACCCAUCAGGGAAACUCGCUCUGACUCUCGGGACGGAUUUAACGCUGAGGACGUGGAAUCUAGUCAAAGGACGUCAGGCAUAUGCUACAAAUCUCAAAUCAAAGCAAGAACUCGGACGGAUAGUUGAUUGUGUCGAAUGGUCCCCGGAUGGGCGGCAUUUCAGUCUUUCCGGAAAGAAUAUCGUACAGAUCUGGAGUUCAGAAGAUGCAUCUGUUCAGCUCACGAUUGACUGCAGUUCUCGGCCUACAUGUCUUGCGUGGAUCACUGCAAAUAUCCUGGCUAUUGGUAUGGAGAACGGGAAGAUUCUUCUUCGUGAAAUUGAUGGAGGAUUGAAGGAAAAAUCCGUGGAAGCUCAUGAGAAGCGUGUAAAGGCAAUCUCAUGUAGAAAUCCGCAGUUCCUCACCUCCGUUGGCAGUGCUGGUGAUGUGACGGCGUGGGCAGUGGAUCAAAAGAGCUUGGGAUUGAAAAAGAUUGCGUCGACAAACAUCGGAUGUCGCCCCACGUGCGUCUUCAGCACAGUCAUCAGUGAAUUUCCAGCUGUAAAGAGGGAAAAUUCAGCAAAAUCCCAGGAGAUCAUUGAAGAGAGGGAUGAGGUGGAAGAAGUUGUGACAGUUGACCAGCCAAGCUCUCCAAAACCAAAAGAAGAAUCUCCUGAAACCCAAAAAUUGGAAGAAACAAUACAAACUCCAAUCAUUCGGAAUAGUAAGAGGAAGUCAUCGAUUUUCUGUCCUCCUGUGGUUUCUAGUGCUAAGAAAUCCAAAAGGCGCUCCCUUAAUCCCUUCAGCUCAAUCACAGUUACUGAUAUUGAACCAGAGGACCUCAAUCUAUCCGUAGGAACAGUGGAAGGAAAGAAAAAUAAGCUAAAGACGAAGAAAAUUCAGAAAAAUGCUUUAUUAAAUAAAACGAUUAAUUGAAAACUUUUUAAA